ACCAGCACAUUGGCGCCGGAGGCACGCCCCCGGAGAUUCCUUUUGCAGUACCGAGACCACCGCCGCCCUGCCCCUCCUCCCAUGGUGGCAACCCAAUUCCCUCCGGCCCGCCUCGAGCUCGCGCUGCCCUACUUCCUCCUCGUCCCGUCCGGAUCGCGCGCCGCCCCGAGAACACCGCCAGCCCGCUCCUCCUCCUAUGGCGCUGCGCUAAUCAUUCCUGCCGUAAACCCUAGCCUGGCAGAUCUGUUUUCGAGCUUCUAGCCCGCCGUACGGUUGUCAUCACCACCACCAGCAGUCCACCGCUACAACUUGCUUCUCCACAUCUGCGCCUACACACGGGAUGGAGGCCGCCGCCUCCAGCCUCUCGUCGCUGCUCGCCACCCUCCGCGUGGACGGCCCCUGGACUCCGCCUGCAACCUGGGAUUCCAUCACCCGCCAGAGCACAUUCGCCGGUGUUGGGAGUCCCCCUCAGGAUCCAAUUUACGAGCUCACCUCCGUUCCAGAUGCUGCUUUGGUUCGUCUGGCUUUGUCGGCACUGCAUGGAGUCAAAUCAUCGUUAGAUGAGAUUGAGGAACUUUCAGUGCUGUUCUCCUCAAGUCCGGCAGACAGAACGUCUCAUCGUGUCGCCAAUGUGUGGUCACGUUCAUCCAGCACUGCUGCUGUAGGGCAUAUUCUCAAUUCUAUAUGCUCUACAGGUCUUGCAGUUUUCUUCCUGUGCAAGUUUGUGCACUUUUAUCUUUUCCAAAUUCGAGAAAUGAAGUAUGGAAGUAGAGAAGGACAUGAACAUGAUGUUUCUGAUGAUACAAACACCGAGCGUCCUCCUUAUAGUCUUAUGAACCAAGCAUUUGCUGCAGCAGUUGAAAAAGUUCUGGAAGGCUAUUUCUCUUCCUUGAAUACUUUACCAGCAUCAAUUAAGCUGAGGCGUUCAGUGGGACAAACUGAUAGACCUUCCAUUAUCCCAGAUAGAGCAAGCUGUAAUUCUAGUUCUGAAGUCACUCUUCUGGAAGUUUAUCUCCACACAGAGGAGUUAAGAAGGCAUAUCAAGUCCCUCGGAAACAUUUGCUUUCCUAAGUUCGCAGGUCUUUCAUUAAGCGAGGAAGGCUUGACUACUGACGCUAAGUUAGAGUUUGAGAACUUCCCACGGGGCACUGAUUUGCUAUCUUAUUUGUAUGUCCGCCUUCGUGAUGCUGAUCCGGUUCACUAUGCUCUUUUGAAAUAUCUGUUCAUUCGUUCCUGUGAACCAUACUGUAACUUCAUUAAGUUAUGGAUAUACCGAGCUAGUGUUGACGACCCUUAUGAGGAAUUCCUCAUUACUCAGACUGAGAAUAAGAAAACCCAAGGAGGUUCUGUGGGCACACUAGAUGACUUCAGUCUAUUAUCCUUGAAGGGAAGGAAUCAUGUAUCUGUUCCAUGUUUUCUGAAAGAUAUAUGCAAUCCUCUUUUACGCACUGGACAGCAGCUUCAAGUACUCAUGAAGCUUGUAAAAUCAUGCAGUCUUUGUACUACCGGAGGAGAUGCUCAUGCCUCUAGCAAAACCAUCCGCCUGGAGGAAAUUCUCCCAUGGUUUGAUACACCCAUUGAGUUCUCAGUGAAUUCAUUUACUUUCUCAAAAAACAUGGCUGAAGCUGUAUUAUGUCAAAGAGAUACUAUGUACAAGUCGAUGCUAGAGAAGCUCCAUCAUUUUUUCUCCAAUAUUGAGAUAAUUCCUGUUGGUCCUGUGUCGAACUCCCUAUAUACAAGUAAAAGCCCUCUAGACACAGCAGUUUCAGAUGUGGAGUUUUUCUAUGGCGAGACCCAUGCUCUGCCAACUUGUGAUAUGGCUGCAGAUGAGGCUGCAGAUGAAGAUGAUAAUGAUGCUUGUUCAACAUCAGAAGAGUCUUCAGAUAAACUGGAUCCACUUGAAUCUUCAGAAUGCUCUUCUUAUAGUUCUAUGGACGAAAAUGAAGUUGAGAACAGUAUCGUUUGUGUUAAUUUGUCUAGUUCGAAGCUCUCAUCAUACCAUGCAAGUACAGGCGAAGCAAAAUGCUCCCCGGAAACCAAAGAAGUGCUUUCAUAUCAAACUAGUUCGUGUCGAAACGGGACAGAUCCUGCAAACCCUAACGAUGAGCACCUCAGAGAUAGCAAUUGGAGUUGCAGCAAUGUUCCCAUGCACUCACAAAAUAUGGAACAUAAUGUGAUGCCCGAUGCUCAAGACCUGGAUUACCAGUAUAGUAAAUUUUGGCCAUUUGGCAGAUUUCCGAAGAAUGCAUGUAAUAGUUCUCCUGGUCAAAUGUGUUUGGUCGAUGAGUUUCUUUAUACUGACGUUGAAAGUGCAGUCGAGCAAGUAUCACACGAUGAGAAGUCUGGCAUGAUGACUAGCUCAUGGAAUACUAGUGUUCCUUACAAUCUCAGCAGCAACCCCAUACUGAAGAAUGCAGGUGUUCUCCAUACGGAGAGUGACUUGGAAGGGAAAAGGAAGAAUCGAGCACUUGCGAGCUUUGUUUUUGAAUCAGUCACAAAUCCAUGUGAAGUAUACUGUGGAAGGAGUAGAUCCUGCCUAGUUGAGCCUGAAGCCGGAUCUACAGUUGUUCUACAGUCCACUGCUCAGAUAUGCAAACAAUCUGAUUGUUCGAGCAAUCUUCUUCAAGCUAAGACAGGAAGUCAGGGGUGCAUUGCUUCAUCAGUAGAAAUAGCAGCAAGAGAUAAUCUUCUGGAAAAUGUUUGCGGUGGAGCAUUAUGGGAGAAAUUGUUAGAAUAUACUGCUAAAUCAACAGAAAAAAUAGCUGGGGAUAGUAGUUCAGCAUCUGAUAUGCCACUUGAUAUAGCUAUUGACAAGUGCAUUAUACAAGAAGUUUUGCUUCAAUAUAAAUAUGUUAGCAGCUUCACAAUGAAAUUGCUUGAAGAAGGUUUUGAUCUUUGUGGACAUCUACUGGCACUGCGGCGAUACCAUUUUAUGGAACUAGCUGACUGGGCAGAUUCUUUUAUUGUUUCCAUACAUCAUAAGAAAUGGUUUUUUGUGAAGUCUGAGCAGAAAAGAGCAGAGAUCCAAAGGCUCCUUGACUUGGCCUUGCAGAGUUCUUCAUGUGAUACAGACCCUUACAAGGGAAAACUGUUUAUAUACAUGAAAGCACAACCAGGCAUCUCUCUUCUAGCCUCUGAAUGUGGUCUUGAGACUCUUGACAUGUUGGAUGACAUCUUGCUGGGUUAUAAAGUCGAUUGGCCUGUGAAUAUUGUCAUUACAGAGGAGGCACUUAGGAAAUAUGCUGAAAUAUUUUGUUAUCUUGUUCAAGUCAGGUUUGCAGUCUUUUCACUUACUGAAGUAUGGCGGUUUCUAAAGGAGUUGACACAGCUAAUCAGUCGUUCCAGCCACAGUAGGCCUGAUAUAUUGAAGCAAUUAAACUCUGUAAUGAAAGUGAGACACCAAGUUUAUCAUUUUCUAUCAACACUACAGCAGUACCACCAUUGCAAUUUGUCUGAUAUAUCAUGGCGUCGUUUUCAACAUUCCCUUAAGCAUCAGGUGAAAGAUAUGCUGGAUAUCGAGUAUGUGCAUAUGUGCUAUGUUACCGACGCACUUCACAUAUGCUUCUUAUCCAAUGAGACAAAACCAGUUGCCACCAUAAUCAAAAGGAUGCUUCAACUAGCUUUGCAGUUUCGAUCAUGUUUUAAGAGUCUUGGUGGUCUUUCGGAAUCAGCAGUGGAUCAACUUAAUCUGCACUCUCUUAUAAACUUCUCGCAGGUUGAUGAAAUUGGAACGAAGUUCGAGAGUAAUAUCAAAGAUUUGUAUAUUUUGCGGUCGAAGUCUUCAAGGUAUGAAGAGAUUGGUCUUUCCCGUUUGUGGGGGUAUCUGAACUACAAUGAGUAUCACUCUUCGAAAAUCAGCAAAGAUGUUGGCUGCUUCUAUUUUUGAUAGGCCAUCAUAAAAUCAAAGUUCAGGUCUUUCUCUAGUCUGUGUUUUGCAGCCACUGGUGAUGGCAUUGUGUGCAUCCGCUUGCUCUCUUAUGGUGAAAUGAAGAGCAUUCGUUCUUCCUCCAUUUUCUGGAAAAGUUCACCAUUUGCAGCCCUUGGUAACAGAAAUUAGCGCGUGUGAUUGUCUGCUCGUUAUUUCCUUGCUUGCAUCUGUAGCGCAACAACAUGCUGCUGAGACUUACUAUAUAUAUGUUGCUCUACAAGCAGAAAGAAAAGUGAGAGCUUACAGGGGAGUUACAUACUGUUGCGAUCAGCAUCUCCUUUAUAUCCCUUUCUCUAGAUAGAUGUGAGCUAUGAUAUUGAGGAUUUUUAUGAUUGGUCUGUUGGGGAAUUACAAUAUAGGAAUUUCAUUUCAAAAAAUUUCAGCAGCAAGGGGUGAGUUUACUUGGAUAGUGAAGGUGUUUGGCUGCCCUUUGGCCUUCUGCAGCUGAUGGUGCAUUGAAAGCGUGUGCAUCCAGGCACAGUGACUUCAUACAUGGAGCUAGGUGUCCUCUCGGUCUUGCUGGUCUGCCUUGUAGUCCUUUUGGUGAUCUCAACAAGUUGUGCUGCACACUAGGCAACAUGACAUAUUGGUUUCAGGAUGCUGCACUAUGUGGACAUCACACAGCCUAGAUACUACUAGAAUCAUGCCCAUCAGGAUCGUGACGGAUUUUGCUGUUCUUGCGCACGGCAUCUGAUAAAUGCUAGCCAAAUGCAGUGUACACUAUCCCACACAAACCGCAUUGGCUGGCUUCAGUUUUGCUGCCCUAGAUGGAUUUGACACUGCCAACUCGUUUCUUGCUGGUGAAUAUUCAAUGGUGUUUGGAUGAAAGUUGAUGCUCUCCUGUUAAAAGGAUUCUUCCCCUUUUGAUUUGUCACUUUGGGAAUUUUUCCAAUCUGAAGUUUUGUGGUUGGAGAUUUUGCAUACUUAGACAGAAAAAACUGGAAGUUAAAACUGCUGGAAGGCUACCACGAUCUUCAAUGGUCAAAGAAAGUGAACCACUUGCUACAGACUCAAGAAGCGAAAACCUGUGAGUCAGAAGUUUUCAGGCACACGCUCUCUGCCUGUAUGUUUUAAUAUAGCAGCAACUCUUGUGUAGCAUUGAGGUUAAUUUUUGUGGGUUUGCGCAGCCGUGGUUCAUCUGGAUCACACAUUAUUUGUUUGUGUAAAAGACCAUGGUAACUCUGAAACUUCCCAGCUUGGUUUAGGUAUGGGUUUGAACUAGUUCCAUGGAUGGUCCCUUA